UUUUUUGUACAAAUGAUCCUUCUUCGAAGCUUAUUUGUUGCUUCGCUUGCUGGUUAUUUGAGGUUUAGCUCAAAACGUGUCCUCAUGGCUGCGAGUUCCUCACCUGGAGAUUAUUCUUCUGCUUUCGUGACCUGUCCAAAAAAGGAUGUCGCUAAGAAAAUAGCAAGGUUCGCCUGCACGUGCUGCAUCAUUUCCCAGACUGGAAUCAUUGUAAAAAAUGGCCUCGGUGGAGUGUCAGUUUUCGACAGCUAUCUGAGUAACUGGGCGACUGUUACUGCCGAUAGCGACUUUUCAUACAUUCCAAAUGAUAAGAACUAACCGCUCUAGAUCUAAGCUUAUGCUUAAUGAUUGCAAACUUGACUUUACUUGAAACAAAGUUUUUAAGAAGAAUGGGAUACCCUUUUCGUACGUACUUUGGUCUUCCUAAGCCAGUUCGGCAGUUCUCAGGUCCUGAUUGGGCAGAAGAUAAUUUCUGUUAGUCAGAAUGAAGAGAUGCAAUUGCUUCUGGAACUGGUUCCGUUACAGCAGCUAUAUCCAGGAGCCCUACAGUAGCUUCUGUUACCAGAGAUAUCAAUGUUAAUUUGGAGAUGGGGGUAUGGGCAUAGGUGUGCCAUUUGAACACUUACUUUGUUCCAUCGCUGGGGCUUUAGACCACAAAUUUGCCCCCUAAUAGCACUUUUGUUAUCCCCAGAAAGGGAUAUUUUAUCAAAUUUGAUCUAAUUUCAGUCCCAAGGGUCAGGAAUUUUACCAAAAAAUUCAAAUGCUUCACCUACUGUAUGCCUAUACACUCACAUUCCCCCUCCCCCCUCCCCUCGCUGUCCGAACGUUGAUACCUGCAUAAAAAGUGCAACAACUUCACCAAUAACUGUCCUGUCCUACUUACUUUCCUCUGGGUAUUUGAGAAGGCUGCAAGCAAUAUUUGAUUUGUACCAUUUUUCUGUGAUCUCUCGAUGAAGUCAGGGUUUAACACUGUAUCAAAGAGGGGGCUAUUUCCCAACCAGAAAAAUGAUGACUGUAUUAACGAAAAUAUCAAAGGACUGUGACAUAUGCAAAUAAUACAAUGCCAUCUGUCAACUUGAUAUAUCAGUCAUAGUAAUACAUGUAUGUCUAAAUGCUAAGGCAAUCAAUGUUGCUGGUGUUGUUUUUUUAGUGGACUUGUGGAAAACAAGAUUGCUGCUUGUGUGAACAUUAUUCCUGGAAUUACUUCAGUGUAAGUAAGUGUGCUCAAGUUGUAAUGUAUUAUAAUGAAUUGCUUAAAAUGGCCAAAUUCCUUUCUAGUCUACCGGUGAGCAUCUGAGCACUUCAAGACGCUAUCAGAGAUUGCUCAGAUCAGCACUACUAGAUGUUUUGCUGCAAAUUUGGUCAAAUGUGUCCCUUAUGCAGGGUGAGAUGACAAUGUAAAAAAUUGCUUCCUCUUCAGGAAAGCUGUUAGUGAUGUUUCAAUAACUUGGAGCAGUUGUGCACGCCGGCCAACCCCCUUAUUAACCAACAUUUACUUAACCUGGCAAAUUAAUACAAAAGAAUUUUUUACUUCUUGGUUAAUGUGUAGCUUGCGUCAAGACAUAUCCUAUUUCCUUUGUUACUUGCAGUAAAGGGACAUCUGCAUUCUGUCAGUUGUUGUGUUCCAGUUUCUCAAGACCUUGCAAUCUUAUAAAAUCAUUUGCAUGAUCUCUGUCUAAAAAGAAGUAGACAAGGAGUGCUCUAAAAUGUUCUCUUUGACAGACCAAAGUUCUGUCUCUAUUAUAGUUUUCUAAUUUAUUCAAAAUUGAAUACCCUGAGAGUGAGGCUGGAACAGGAUUAGCAAUGGCAUUACGCAGACCUCCCUUUUCCAUGUCAAACAAAGGAAAGGAGAAGGAGGGAGAUGUCUGCACUUCUCCCGUAAGAUCAAUUGUAGAAUUGAAUGAACUUUUAAAGAAUGUACAAAAACCCUCAAGUUUGAUUAACACUCUACCUUGUUAUGUAGUUACACUUGGGAAGGAAAGGUGGAAGAAGACAGUGAAGUUUUACUGGUAAGAAAAUGUUAAAACAGUAUAAUGUCAAAGCAUGAUCAUUUUAAGAAAAUACUGUUUUUGUUGGACGUACUGUUGAAUUACUUAAUAUGAAUAGCUAUGACUUUGUUACUUUUUUUAGACUAAUUUAUUAAACAUCAUUCAACAAAACAUUACAAUAAACUUUACAAUAACAGGGCGGCAAAAAAGGAGGCCAAAAAAAAAAAAAAAAAAAAAACACAAACAAACAAACGCAAGAAAGCGAAAUACCAAAGUUCAACAUGACUUUGUCACUGGCUAAUAAAUGUCUCACUCCUCAAAUGAAUACACGAUACUGUGUUACUGAGUGCCUCAGAGCAUCAAAAGUUAAAGGGAAGUAAAAAUUUAUCAGUCAUGAGUGCAGAGGAACUCCCAGUUGAAAAACAUUUGGAACAUUUGUUGUCUUUUCAUGCACCACAGAAUUUCAAUGAAACCAUAGCUUUGGUUUAUGAGCUGAUAUAGUAACAUGCCAUUUCAAAGGGUGUUUGAGCUGACUAUUAAUUUGGUAAUUAUUGUCUGACUGGUCCUUAUGGUGCAUUCAAAGAAUGUAUAGUCAUCCUCCCACGUUGUAACAAAAAUUACAUUAGUAUAGGUAAUAGCAUGAUUUGUAGUGAUAUUUGGCAUAAAUACCACGAGUGAUAUUUCAAAAUUGUAAUUUCACGAGCUGUUAGGCGAGUGAAAUUUGAGAUAAUUUUGAAAUAUCACGAGUAGUAUUUAUGCCAAAUAUCACGUACAAAUCAUGCUAUUAUUUGUUUAUACUACUACCCGAAAAAGGUUUGUAAUUUUCACAUGUAGGUAUUUCAAAUUAAAUUUGAAAUACCACUGCUCUAAGCCAAUCAGAUUGCGGAAAUUUCUCAUGUAGUAGUAUAACCAUGUUUAUACAACUUAUCCUCUUGCAUACCUUCCUGAAUUUAACUGAGAUUUGUCAAGUUUCAUGUAGUAAUAUAUAUUUACUUAUUUAUUUAUGAUUUUUUGUGUUUUUGUAGAUGAUUAAAACAAGAACAAGCAGAGUUACUGAUCUCACUGAAUAUGUCAGGUAUGUACUGACUGCUGUUCCCCGCAUGGUUCCCACCCCCAGCCACUCCUAUGAAUUUGUACUCAGGUAUGAUACACACAGCAAACUGCAAGGACUGAGUGUGGCCCAGCACAGAAUAGACUUGUGUACAAGGCCAGGAAAGGGAUGCAAUGGGUAGGGUACUAUUUAAUAGUACAAGGGACGUUCAAAAGAGGCCAAAAGAAGAGAACAUUGACCCGGGAUGUAACCCAAAAUAAGUCUCCUUCUCCUCUAAGAAAGUCCCACAAAACUUUGUGAGCCAAAAAAUUCCUUGGAAAAUAAAAGUUCAAAACCCCCCUUAAGAUAUUUCUACUUCCCUGCUGCUAUCUUGCAGGCUCAGGUAUCUUAAUUUACAGUACCUCAUUUACCAGUAGUCUAUGUUCACCCUACACUGGAUAGCUUUUGCUCUGGCAAGAUAACCAUACUGGAUAGGGCUUCUGUUCACAUAUAAAAACAUUGAUUUCGGUGUGAUUUCUGUAACGGAACAAUGCUGUACUUCACCAAUUUCUGAGAUGAAGAUUCACAUAUGAUAUCGGAUAGUUGUUCACACUAUACUAGAUAGCUUUUCCUGUUGGCACAGACAGCUAUCCAGUAUAGGGUGAACAUGGCCUUAGUCAUAUGAAGCUUAGAGCGGUUUUCAUUUGACUGUCGAAAGGGAUUGGUUUUGGUUUUGGUUUUGGUUUCACUACGCCCUUUGGUUGGCUAGUGUAUUUAGUUUGGUUUUGGUUUUACGACAGUCAAGUGAAAACCGCUCUAAUCCACCGUACCUAAAAAGAUGGCGACUGGUACACUUACCCACAGUUCUUAGUGCAUGAAAACCAUAAAAUUGCUCAUAAGAAUGCGCAGAAAAGUUUUAUAAAUUUCAAACCUAGGAUAGGCAAUGUUGCUAUUACAGGGACGAAUUUUGCCUCCCCCCCCCCCCAAAAAGGACUUUAUGUGUAAUUGGCCGUGUUAGGUUCAAAAGGAAUUUGUGGUAAAAUGUACAACGGCCAUCAUUUUCCAUACGGCAGAUUGAAACUAGCUUAUGUUUGUUUUGAAAAAUGUACAGCUGAUGGUGCCCUAGAAAUUUUGUCAAAGAAUCCUGGUUUUUCCAUGAUAUGACUAUGAGAAAACAAUUGACGUUCAACAACACAUUUCAUGAAAGAAGGUAGCUUUUCAGACCAGGAGCUAAUAUCUUAUUAAAAGCGAAUCUAAAACAAACUUUUUUCCACGGUUAUUUAUCAUGAAAAAUAUGACAUCUUUUUAAUUAAGCUUACUGUGUUUCAAGAAAAGCAAGGUUGGAUUAAAUGUAAGUUCAUUUGGAUCUCUGCUGCUAACAAACUGCAUUUUCUAAAAGCCCCAAAUAAAUGCUUUUUGUCCUUAUUAUAUUUUCUUCAUACCUUCACUAUAGGCUCAGUGCCUUUAUCUAUUAUUAAGCCAGGGUUUUUACUUUUUGGAUGACCAUUGUAGGUUGGAUUUUGUUAUUUCAUACCAGUUUCUUAAACAAAAUAAUGGGAACUUGAAGAAAGAAAAAAGAACUGCAUUGCAACACAAUCCUAGGCUUACAAAUUAGGUAUCUAUUAUUUACAUUCUCAUAUUGCAGAAAACAACAUCCUUAUGAAGUACCUGAAGUCAUCAGUAUGAAGGUAAUGACAGAGUGGAUUGCACCUCUAACAAGAUUGGCUUGCUUUUUGUUUAUUUUAUAUUCAAGUAUCUUACGUUUAUAGAUAGGAUGUGUCUACAAAUGAUAAUAUGGAAAUGGUGAGAAACCACUGUAUUCACGUGACUGGUGUGGCCGACAGCUGAUUACUAAAAGCACUGCCAAUCAGAAUUUUCUUUUCUUUUUUAACUCAUUCGCCCCGACCGCCUGACCCACGUCCCUUCGACCGCUUGUGACGUCAUCAGUUUUAACGGUCAAGGACAACUUUGUCAACUAACUUGUGCAGGGUGAAGAGACCUUAAAGUAAAACCAUACCAGAAUAAGUACGAGUCAGUCAAGGACGCCGGUGAAAAAGGCAAACAUGUAACGUUGACCCAAAAAUUCCCCUGAAAAUCUUGUCCCACUACCCACCUACCUUUCCUUUCAUCUAAUCCGAAGAUCCUUAAAGUUCCCCCAAAUUUUUUCAAUCAAAAUGAAGCUUACCGAACUUCGGAAGCUAAUAUUUUGCAUCUGGAUCAGAAGACCGCCAAGUUUACGACCAGGAAACGGCUUUGUGGUAAGUUUAAAAUCUCUAUAGCCGGACAGUGACCAGAAAAAGGCUCGACUAGCUUCAAAACGCGUUUUUCGGCAAGAUUUCCAGGAGCGAAUGGGCGAAUGGGUUAGCGUUUAGGGAACAUCAUUCCUGUCAAGUUGCUUUGAUACUACAUGUACAUGUAUUGACAUCUGGACCUUGUGUGUAGGGGAUCAUCAGGUUUCGUGUGCAGGACAAUCACAAUCGUAGCCAACAAACUGUAGAGAAACAUAGUUCACCUUCUAAACGCUGUUUUCUCAUUGGUAAAACCACUUCAUAAUAACAUCCUUAUGUCUGUCUAACCCAGUUUUUAGGGAUCUCCAGCUUGUAGUUGAAUUUGAGGAAAAUGAACUAUAAUCCCCUCCCUCACACUCCGCCCCCUAUCUAUCAACCUUUCCCUGCAUUUUGCAAUACGAAUUCUAUUAAUUUAUUUUUCUUUCCUUGGCUUUCAGCUUGGUGAAGGAAAUCCAGCUUAUCUGCAAUGGAUCAGUGAAACUGUCCCUGAAAAGUGAAGAAAACGACUUACUUUCACUUUACCCUCACUAAUAAUUAUAGUAACAUAAAAACAGGAAAAAGAGUAUUUAUGGUCAUUACGCGGGUGUCUUUGUUAAGGUGUUUGAUAUACCCAUUUUAAUCAGAU